AGACAGGGCGGCGCCUGACUCUCGUCUUUUUCGACGCCGACGUCGUUUCGCGUCUCACUCCCAAAAAUUCAGAACGGCGCUCGACACCGUCCCCAUCGCACCCCCGUUUCCGUAAGACCCUCAUUCGCGAUCGCGUUCUCGGUCACGCAACAUGCGACUUUCGUACACCUCAAAAUGUAGAUUUUCCGACAAAAAUAUUUAUAAGUUUAAUUUUAAGUGUAAAUAGUCCAAAGCUGAGUGAGAAAAAUUAUUGUUACGAAAAUGGCCAUGAGAUUUUGGUUUAACAAUUCCAGCAUCGCAGCAUCAACAGAUAAUUUGACAGAUUAUGAUGUUUUACCUGAACACUAUAUGCUUCUGCAAGAUGACAUUGAUCAAUAUUUUAGCAAAUUAAAUGUAUCGAACAUCACAUUCACAGACUUUCCUGUUUACGUACAGCAUCAGUUGAACUGUAGCUUAUUUGGCAACGUUUCGAACUUGACAUGUUCAACAGGCUUCAGCGGUGGUAACACGUACAGAAACUAUUGGGCUUUAGUGUUAUUGAUAGUACCGAUAUUAACACUGUUUGGUAAUGUGCUAGUUAUACUGAGUGUUUAUAGAGAACGAACUUUGCAGACUGCCACAAACUAUUUUAUUGUUAGCUUAGCGUUAGCCGAUCUUCUAGUUGCUGUUGUUGUUAUGCCUUUUGCUGUUUAUGUUUUGGUGAACGGAACAUGGGCUUUGCCAGGCGUCGUCUGUGACUUUUACAUAGCGAUGGAUGUAACUUGCUCAACGUCUUCGAUAUUCAAUUUAGUUGCCAUUUCUAUAGAUAGAUACAUAGCCGUUACGCAACCAAUCAAAUACGCCAAACACAAAAACAACAGGAGAAUAUGGCUGACCAUAGCCUUAGUAUGGGUGAUAUCGGCGGCAAUCGGUUCGCCCAUAGUCUUAGGCCUCAACAACACGCCGGACAGGAUAGGAGACGCCUGCCUAUUUUUCAACAGUGAUUUUAUUCUUUUUUCUAGUUUAUCCUCGUUUUAUAUUCCUUGUAUAAUCAUGGUCUUCCUGUAUUAUAAUAUUUUUAAGGCACUUAAGACGCGAGCAAUGCAACAAAGGGCGGCGCGUAGGCCGCACUUGAGCGAAAUUAAAGCUGGUUCUGUGAUAGAAAAUUUGGCCAAUACACGAAGAUUAGCCGAAACCCAUUUAGGACCGACUCCCGUCGAAGAACUGGCCACCAAUACGGGUUCGGGUUCCGGAGACGAAGACGACGAAAUUGUCGAAGCCGAUUGUCAAGUGAUAUCCAACGAUAGAAGUACCGAGUUUAUUUUGGCGACUGUCGUCGAAGAAGCAGCAAUAUCUAGUGUUGUAGCAAGCCUGGCAACUCCGAAUAAUUUGGGAGAUCCAAAUGGAAACAACGAUUCUGGUUACGCACACAGUCAUGCUGAAAGUAUAGCACCCGAUAGUCCUAGAAUCUUUGGUAGAAAUAUUACAUCAAAGAAAAAUGGAGCUACAACGGACACAGAGUUAAGGACCGUGGCCACGUUGAACUCAAGAACGGCCAGCAUGAGAUCGAUAGGGUCGAAAAAGGAGAAAAAAGCGACGGCCGCGGCGAGAUUCACAAUUUACAAAGUAAACAAGGCCAGUAGGAAAAAACGAGAGAAAUCGUCGGCGAAAAAGGAGAGGAAAGCGACGAAAACGUUGGCCAUCGUCUUAGGAGUGUUCCUGAUUUGUUGGGUGCCGUUUUUCACGUGCAACAUCCUGGACGCCAUGUGCAGCAAGCUGAACUUUCCCUGCAAUCCGGGCGUUUCGGCCUUUUUGCUCACCACGUGGCUGGGAUACAUGAACAGUUUCGUUAAUCCCGUUAUUUAUACGAUUUUCAAUCCGGAGUUUCGGAAGGCGUUCAAAAAACUUAUGUCCAUAGGACCGUAGAAAAUAGUAGAGCGAGCCAAAGCUGUGCCAAAAUUUUACCAAAUUAAGUUGCCAAAUAUUCGUUUUGUACAUAAAAUAAUGAUGGGUUUCACAAAUAUUUGACGAAUUUAAUGAAACUACAUAUCAAAUUUAGACAUUUUUAAUUCAGCUUUACUAUAAGGAUAAUAAUAAUUAUCAUUGACAAAAAUUUAUUUGGAUCUCAUAUCAAAAUUUGGCAAAAUUUUUGAGUUUUUUUUUUUUAAUUAUCUUCCUGUGUCAUGUGAGUGAUUGCUUUUUAAGAAAAAAAAGUUAUUCCUAAUAUUUAGGGAUAGUUUUUCGUUUUUCUGCAACCAAAAUGUACAAAAUUAUAUGCAACUGAAUUCGCUUGAAACAAAAAAGUACGAUAGAAAUCAAAAAUCUCUUAAAUUUAAGCUGUUUUAGUACAAUAUUUAAAAAAAUCUUUGUGUAUCUAUGUAAAUAAAUAAUGUACAUAUCAAAAUUCUAGAUAAUGUGUUUAACAGGGUAUAUUAGUUUUUCAUCUUUUUGCACAUUAAAUCCUUAUACUUUUUGAAAAUUGAAAUAUGUAAUAAUAAUGUAAAUAUAAUAAUUGGUGUAUUGUAUAUUAUCAAAAAAAUGUUCAGUAUUAAAACAAUUCAAAAUAAAUGUAACAUAGUUAUAUUUAGGUGAUACAAAUUCUAGAUUAUAUAUUUCGUUGGUAAAAACCAUGUAAUUGAGCCCUCAAUUUUGUCAACGAAUUAUACCAAAGUUAAAAUUAGAAUAAUUUCAAAAAUUAUAGAUUCAAAAACGACAAAGGGUACCUACAUACAUGGUGUUACAAUUUCGGGAUACAGGGUCGGUUAAAUUGGGGCAAACAUUUCGAAAUUUGGAAAAUUCUCAUUUGUAGACAUAUAAAAAUAAAUAAAUCGAUUUAAUUAUUAACUACUUGCCAGAAAAUAUUGAGUUUGACAAAAACAAAUUUAUGAAGAAAAUAUUAUGUUGAGAAAGAUGUGUGGUAUCUCCAUGCAAAUUAACAUACUUUUUUUUAUCAAAAUAGGUCGAUCAUUUUAUCGAUUUUUUUGAUAAACCAUUGCAUUACGGAAGUCAAAAACUAACAAAGAACUGAAUAAAAAAUCCAGAGCCGUAUAAAAAUAAAGUUGAUGAUGGUGGCUCCAAGACGAAUCAUCGGAUUUCAAAUUUGAUCAUGCCAUAUUGUAGAGGAGAAACAGUGGAAAUGAAUGAAAUGUUGAUAUCUCCGGAAGUAUUCGGAAUUUUCCAAAUUUCGAAACGGUAUUUUUGUGAACAAGAAAUUGUGUAAUUUUGUCCCAAUUUAACCCACCCUGUAUGUUUUAUAAUUAUAGAGAUCCCCAUACUUACUCGCGAAUUUUUAACACUUUGUAUAUGGAGGCUUGAUAUUAUUCCACAGAGUGAUUUUUUUUUUGUUCUAAAUGCUAAAAAUUAUUUUCGUUUCAAGGAACUGGGAAUUUUUAGGAAAGUUGGAGUUUUCAUUUUAUCGGAAUAAGGGAUAGUAAAAAGGCAAGAAGAAAAUCUUAUAUUCUUCAAGUCUAAAGAAGACGAAUUGGGAGGAAAGCUACUGGAUCAUAACUUUGUUUCAAAGGAUUUCAAGGUGUUAAAAACAAGUAAUUUAAUUUCAAAAUUCAAAAAAUUCACACUGUAAAGACAAUAAUUCAAGAAAACUUUAAAGCAAUAUAAACUCCUUUUUGAAUCUAAUAAUUUAAAAAAAUAAAACCUUUAGAUCUUUAAAUAACUCUACGCUUACUAUUGUAAUAUUGCUAACAACUACAAGAAUAAAAACCCUCUUUUAGGAUGCAUUAAAAUUAAAGUUAACAAUAAAGCUGUUUCGUAAUAAAACGGAGUUUCAUUAAAUUUCCAAUGACAGGUAUCUAUAAGACAUGUUGAUUCAAGAAAACUCCAUUUAAUAUUUCACAGGAAGCUCCAGCUGUCCAUAAUGUAUCGAAUUUAUCUUUUUCUCGAAGGGCUACUGAA